AGCGGUUUUGGCUCAAGCUGCCUGGCCAGCAGGGCCUGAGACCGAAGGGGGCUGAGGGCGGCCAGCAGGGCCUCUCGGGGCCGUGCGGCCCUGUCCAUGUCCACCGUCGACGGCCCAGAGGCCCCGACGAGGCGCCCGGAGCCGAGCACGUGGGGCGUCGGUGCGCUGCUGGCCGUCUGCGACCACCUCGAGCUGGUGGCGCGUCUGGUCCGGGGCCAGGCCGCCGCGCAGGGCGGGGGCGAGGGCGGGGAGCUGGGGGAGCUCCUCGCCGCGCUCUCCAGGAGCAGUGCCGCCCUCGGGGAGCCUCCGCCCGGGUCGGACGAGUGGCAGCGCCAGGGCGCGGAGGCCACGGAGGAGAAGGCGUGGCAGUGGCACAGCGCGACGCCGAGCGGCGUCUCCGAAGCCGACUUCGCCGUGCCCAGCUCCGCGGCGCAGCACGGGGGAGAGGUCGAGGGGCAGACCGCUGGCUUCGGCGAGGGUGUCUUCGGGGAAAGGCCUCGCAUGCAGUCGCCCGAGGUGCCGAAGGGGAAGAGGUCCAGCAGGGCCAGCAGCGGGUCGCUGGUCAGCUUUUUCGGCGAGGAGAACUCCAAACGGAUGACGAAGACCAUAACGUACAGAAACCCAGCCCUGCGGACGAUCGAGCGGAAAGUGAAAUCUUAUUGGAUGGAGUGUGUCAGCGCCUGUCUCAUAGCGACCAACACCAUGUUCAUGGUUUUGGAGGGCCAGUUCGUGGGCGCGAAAGUCGGGAAUGAGAUCGGUUUCUAUUCUUAUUAUGGUUCUGACAAGUUCUUCGAUUCUCCAGGAGCGCUGACCCCUGACGUUUUUUUCAUCAUCGAUGUGGUCUUCUGCGUGCUGUUCACAAUCGAGUUACUCUUGAGGCUUGUGUUCCUGCGUGUAGAUUUUCUGUGUGACCCUUGGGGAUGGCUUGAUAUGGUAAUUGUGCUGACCACUGAUAUUACCACCUUCUUUUUCCAGGGGGGCAAAGGGGGGGAUGGGCUGCCGAUUUCGACCAUCCGUAUCCUGCGUUUGGCCCGGCUGCUGCGGAUCAUGAAGCUGGUGCGAUCCAUCAAACUGUUCGAUUCUCUCUACCUCAUGACAACAGCGCUACGAGGGAGCAUGUCUGCAUUGGUGUGGGUAAUCGCCUUCCUCUUCCUCAUUCAGACGCUGUUUGCCCUUUUGCUCACGAACAUCGUUCAGGAUUUCUACCUGGGGCAAUCUUCCAAUGGAGACGAGUUCUUUGAGUCUUCGCUUGAGAAGGAGGAAAUCUUCAAGUACUUUGGCACCUACUGGAGAGCUAUGGUUUCUCUUUUCGAGUUGAUGCUGGCCAAUUGGCCUGUGAUCUGUCGCCUAAUGAUGGAAACGAUGGAUGAGGUUUGGUCGGUCUUUGUCAUCCUCUACAAACUGUUAAUGGGCGUCGCUGUGAUUGGCGUGAUCAUGGGUGUCUUCACACAAGAGACUUUCCGGGCUGCUGAUAGCGAUGACCAACUCAUGAUCAGGAACAAGGAUAAGCAAGAUAAAAAACAUCUCGCCAAGAUGAAGGCCCUUUUCGAGAAGAUGACCAAGAACAGCGAGUGCGCGACCGUGGAUUCAGCACUGUUCGAGAAAAUUCUAAAGAGUCCAGAAAUGCGAUUGUGGCUGAAGGCGAUGGACUACGACAUAAGUGAUGCAAGCUUGCUUUUCUAUUUGAUCGAUUCGAACGACAAUGGCAAGCUCACAAUAGAAGAAUUCAGCCAGGGGAUGGCAUCAUUAAAGGGUGGUGCCCGUAACGUCGAUGUCAAGUUGUUGCUUCGACAAAGCCGGGUUGGCAGAAUGGUUCAGUCAUCACGCAACGCUGGGGGCGCCAAAAUGUCUCGCAUGUCCACCGUCGAGGCCCUUCGAAGAUUCGAGAUGCCGUAGGAAGCUUUGCCGAAGGAUAGUUAUGCAGCUUUGUGAGAGUGCGUGGCCACACCGUAGCAACCUCACUGAAGCUCGCCGAUUGCGGGUCGGCCAGCGAGUAGUUACCUAAACCGUUUUCCUGAUCUUUUCUGCAAGGGUCCAACGUCCAGCUGUCUGUAGCAAGUCCUGCGAUCGUGCCAGCCCAGUACACUUUGAGGCACCGGUUCGAGAGAUGGCUGGAGGCUGUAACAUGUGGAUCGAGGAGCGCUAAAGGUAGAGAGUGUGCGUUGACGACUGUAGUAACGGUCAGAGCGCCGCCACUUGGCACACGUCGGCCGUCUUGAAUUCAUCUCGGGUCAUCUGAGGUCGUCCUGGGGCGUCCUCCUCCUCCUCCUCUCCUCCUCGUCCCUUUUGCAUGUUUCACCGAUUCCGACCACCAUGCAGGUGCCAGGGGCGUUUUUUUUGCACCCGCGCGUUUGCCCUCCGCACGUGACAGACAACGAAUUGUUUUCCGCGCAGUCUGUAGUCUGAAUCGACCGACCGGUGGCAUAUGCGUACGGCAGGUGGCAUUUAGUUUAUUGUAUAUAUAUAUAUAUAUAGAUAGAUAGCUGCGCCUGCGCCCCUGCGAAUUCAUAACGUAAAAAACAAUCGGUUUUCAGCAGGUCCUCAACAUGUUACCAAACGGGCCUCUCGCAUGUCGAAAUGGUUCGCACGCCGUCGCGCGCAUUCAGUCGCGCGCAUUCUUU